AUGAGUAACCUCGUUCGCCCAAUCAAGCUCCAGGAGCAACACCUUCGUCUGAUCUACGAAGACUUCCGCCUGCUUGAUGAGGACAGAGAUGGCUACAUUGACCAGAUUCAGUACGCGACACUCGUACGAGCUCUCGGCCAAACAGUCUCGGAUGUGGAGAUUGAGCGAACAUGGAGAAUUGCGCUCGAAGAGCAGCAGAAAGCCGACGAAGAAGCCAAGGCUGAAUUUGCGAGGGCGGCCGCGGCGAUGAAAAAGGAGGGACCAGAGAACACAUUGGGUCUCCCCAGGAAAGCUGCGCCUCCGCCGCCCUCGAGUGGUCCUCAGAACACCGUGAGUUUUCCCGUUUUCACCAAAGUGUUCGCCGAGAACUACAUCCCCGCGGAGUCUGAAAAGACUCUGCUUCAAGCUUUUCAGCUCUUCGACCCCUCCAACUCUGGGAAACUCUCCAUGCAGCAGCUGCAGGCGAUUGUGAUGCAGCGCGGCGAGCCGCUGACGGCUGCGGAGUUCGAUGAGUUUGUGCUUCUCGCUGGCCUUGACAGCCAAAAGAAAUUCGAUUACGCACAGCUCUCAAAGAGGCUUCUGAAGGGCCCCGCCGGUAUUGCGACUAUCAACUCGACUAACUAA